GCAUAUCGUCGAGUAACACUUCCAUGCGUCGUAAAUUGAACACGUGCCAUAUAAUCGUAACUAUCCAAGUACCAACAAUACAUUGGCGUUAUUAUAAGCUAAUAGCUACUAUAUUGAAUUAACGAAGAGCUGAAAUCACCGAGUCAAAAGGGAUUGAAAGGUGGAUUAAUUCCCUUGUAGAUUUUGUAUACCAAAGUAUUACAUGAAUAUCAUUCGUCAAAUUUAUCAAGCGUCGUAUUUCGCAAGAUACAAGUAUUUCUAACGUAAAGUUAAUACUGUCACUUGAAUUUUUUUAUUUAAAAUACAAAUUCAGUUGAAUAACUUUUAGCGUUCAAAUUGAGCUUGUAAAUUAGAAACACUCGAAUGUUACUUUUUUAUUAAGUAAAUAUGAUUAAAAAUCAACAUACACAAUUACAACAGUUAUCUAAUGAAUCAAAAGACGAAUCGUCGUCAUCACGUGUGGCUGUUUUGUUUGGAUCCGAUGAAGAAUGUGAACUGACAUCAGACGAUUUGACGUCCGGUGAUGAAGAUCCCUCGUCAAGCAACCAAUCGAUGAGUAUUCGACGAUUCGCGAUAACUGAUUCUCGAAAGCCUUAUACGGUCACCAAUUCUAGAGAACGUUGGAGACAGCAUAAUGUGACUGGCGCUUUUGCUGAGCUCCGAAAACUUGUUCCCACUCAUCCACACGAUAAAAAGUUAUCGAAAAAUGAAAUUUUAAGAAUGGCAAUCAAGUAUAUUCGUUUAUUAAGUGGAGUUCUCGAAUGGCAAGAGGGUCAACAAGACAUUAGCAACAACAACGAAGAUUACAUUGAUAACAAUAUCUACAAAAUAUGCAGCAAAAAAAAUCAAUAUACGACGUAAUAUAUUAAUUUUCACGAUCAAAAAUUUAUAAAACAAACACUUAUAAUUAUAACAAAAUAGAUUUCCUACAAAGUAUAAUAAAAUGGAUGUAUCAUUUAUUCGUGGUUUACGUAAAAUUAAUGAAUGAAUUAACAAUAAAUAAUUUAUUUAUGUAAAUUUUAAUUAAAAUUUAUAUAUCUGGAAAUAUAAUUACACUGCUUUGAUGAUUUAAAAAAUGAAAUUUCUUCCCAAAUAAUCUCCGUAAAAGCGGUUUAAUAGAUUUCUUUGGUGCGUACUUAUUGUGCAUAAUAAUAUAUCAUUUCAUCCCUUAUAAAAAUAGUUUUUCUAUUAAAAGUGUAGUCCAAAAUGUUAUUAUUUUUAGAACUUUAUUUUAAUUCUUUUUUAAUUUUUAUGCAAUACACUUAC